AUGAACGUAGCUAAACCCAGUCAUAAUUACAACCGUGAUGUAGACAAAGAUGUAGCAGUUAAUGUUUACUGCGAAGUCUUUAAUAACAUAAAUGUGUGUGAAGAUAUAGUCAUUUGGGUACGUGGAACACAAAAAUUGUUUUUAAAGUAUGCCUUCUCUGGAAUCCUUUAUACAUGGCAAGCCGAAAAUUCAUUGGAAAAGCUCAAAACAGAUUUUAUUUGUCCAUGGCUAUCCCAAAUUAUGAUAGAACAUAAUGAUCUGCUGAUAUCGUGUCUACUACCGUACCCAUUGGAUUAUGUUCGAAUCGGUGGAUAUUGGGAAACGUUGACUUCAAGAACACUACAACUUAAGGAUGGACUAAAUCGAUUAUUUUGUUUAAUUCCUUAUGAAGUUGUAACAUUUGACAAUUGGAAUUCCGUUAUGCCUUACUGGAUGGAUGCUAUUACCAAUGAUGUACCACAACAUGAGCUAUUAGAGAUAAAAUUAACGCUAUGCAAGAUGUUUGAUUCAGAAAUGAGUCCUUUGGGUCUUGAUGUAUACAAAAUGUAUGACUUCAUAUCAAAGCGCUUUAAUGAAGUAAACCUAAAAGUACAAGAACAAGCAUUGCGUUGGCUUCAGACUCUUACAGUGUUAGAAAUAAAUGUCCCUCUACAUUUUUUGUUUUCUAUAUUCAACAACGGAAUAAAAAAUAUAACUCAAUAUUCUAUAACUGAAAAAGAAAGUACUGAAAAAAAUAACGAAGAACAUCAGUCUAGCUCAACAAACGAUGCCUCAAAUUAUAAGUCUGUGAUAGUAAAGUUCAAGGUAAAAAUUCUUAUGUUAGUACUUUUGUGGUUAUUUCUGCCAG